AUGUCUAAUAGAUUGGAGUCAUUGAAUUCUAAAAAACCAUCUUCUAGUCCCAAGCCUUCUUUAAGGUUUAAGCCAAAGGUUGUGGCCAGAAAAACUAAAGAAGAGAGGGCAAAAGAAGCACCUCAAAUCAAGCAAGAAAAUGGUGAUUAUAAACCUCCAGGAAGAGACCAUACGUCAGGUAGAGGUGGACACAGUAAGCGUGGAGGCCGUGGAAAUUAUAGUGGAACACACUUGGUGUCUGCGGGACCUUUGGCAUCGGGAUCAGUAUCUAUAGGUAAUGUCAAUGGAUCUAAGCUAGGUUUGACUAGAGAUAAAUCGUAUAACUCGGUAUCACCUACGCCCGAAUUUUUGCAAAGUUUGAAGUUAAAAGACCUGAAAGUGAGAUCAAAGUCUCCUACCCCUGCCAGGGAUGAGGAGUCAGACGAGGAAGAUCCUACCAAAAUUGACAUGAACAAAGAAUACAGAUUUGCGGAUGAGGAGACGAUAUUAUUCCCAGUUAGACCAGAAAGAGAUGAAUACAUAGCUGAUACCGUAAUUCCACCUUUACAGUCAAAGGAUCCUUCUGCAGAACCCGAAUCCAAUGAAGAAUUCGAGGCAGAACCUUCGCCUGUCAAGGAUGAGCCAAUUGAGGCUAAAUUAGAACAAGUCAAAGAACAUAAGGCCCACCUUGAAACAAAAAUCACGGAAACGGUUGAUGUAUUGAAUAAGGAAGAAAAAACUAAGAUAGUAAGCGACCAUCAGGCUAUUUUGGACUUGGUGACAGACAAACUCGAUGGGUUAAAUACCGAUUCUAAUGAUAACACGACGGAAAACAACAAUUAUACUUUAUUCCACUUACCGAACGUUUUACCCGAAUAUUAUAAUCAGGAAUCUACCACUGAACAGCAUAACACGGAGGAAGAAGGCAAAACGACUAACUUCGCAUCCAAUGUUACACCAUUGCGUGGUCAGAUUGGGCACUUAAACAUUCAUAAAUCCGGUAAAAUUUCAAUCAAUUUGGGUAAUAACAAUAACCUUGCAGUUUCUCAAGGUUCUGCUGCCCAUUUCUUGCAAGAAGUUAUAAUGCUUGAAAUGAACGAAGCCGAUAAUAAAGAAGACGUUGAAAUGAUGAAUGAAGAUGGUGAGAAGAUCAAAGGGAAAUUGUAUCGUUUAGGUCAAGCAGAUGGUAAAAUUAUUGGAACACCAGCGAUUCAUUGA